UAAACGUACCAAGAGUCCGAGCUGUGCUGCUGCUGUGAGUCCCAAAAACCCAAGAAAAGUGCAGAGAUGUCCGCAUGUCAGUUUGAAUCACUGGAGAAGUCUUUGGAGUCCCACCUGCCGGAGGCCGAGCUGGCGGAGGUGAAACGCAUCUUAUUCGGCAAGGAAACAAAGAAGCUGGACCUCCCAGCCCGUGCUGUGGAAGCUGCUUCUGAGCGUGAUUUUGAGCUGAAAGGAUAUAGGUUUGAUGCGGCACAGGAACAGCUCAGGCCACCAAGAAAUAUCAGAGUGGGACUCAUUCAACACCGCAUUGUUCUGCCCACUGAUGCCCCCAUCCUGGAUCAGAUCAGUGCCAUGCACAGCCGAAUUGGUGAAAUGGUCGAGGUAGCAGCCAUGUGUGGUGUAAACAUCAUCUGCUUUCAGGAGACCUGGACCAUGCCCUUUGCAUUUUGCACCCGCGAGAAAGAACCAUGGACAGAGUUUGCAGAAUCGGCUGAAGAAGGAAACACUACGCGCUUCUGCCAAGAGCUGGCCAGAAAAUACAACAUGGUAGUUGUUUCGCCAAUUCUGGAGAGAGAGGACUUACACAGCACUCUGUGGAACACAGCGGUGGUCAUCUCCAACUCUGGAAACGUGCUGGGAAAGAGCAGGAAGAACCAUAUUCCCAGGAUCGGGGACUUUAAUGAGUCUACAUACUAUAUGGAGGGCAACACUGGCCACACAGUGUUCCAGACACAGUUUGGGAAGAUUGCUGUGAAUAUCUGCUACGGCCGGCAUCAUCCACUCAACUGGUUCAUGUACAGCAUGAACGGAGCUGAGAUCAUUUUCAACCCCUCGGCUACUGUUGGAGCUCUCAGUGAGCCCAUGUGGCCUAUAGAGGCCAGAAAUGCAGCAAUAGCUAACCACUGUUUUACGUGUGCCAUCAACCGUGUUGGGACAGAACAUUUCAAAAGUGAAUUCACAUCUGGUGAUGGGAAAAAAGCUCACCACGACUUUGGACAUUUUUAUGGGUCCAGCUAUGUGGCAGCUCCUGAUGGCAGCCGCACGCCAGGGCUCUCUAGGACCCGUGAUGGGCUGCUUGUGGUAGAAAUGGAUCUCAACCUCAACAGGCAAAUCAGUGACAAAUGGAGUUUCAAGAUGACUGGGCGGUAUGCUGAGUACGCAGAAGAACUUACCAAAGUUGUUGAGCAUGACUUCAAACCAAAAAUAGUAAAAGAGUAGAACAAAGUCCACAAAUAGUGUACAUUUGAUUAUUCAUUUCUACAGGAAACAUGUUAAGUUCAGAUUUAAUUUGACAUUAUGUUUGUGUCAUACCAAAGUCUGUCAGAUUGAUGGGUUUCUGUCAUCAGUUAAUCUGAUAAAAACAAAAAAAAGUCAGUCAAACCCAUCAUAGACACACAUUUUAUUCACUCUUAUUUACAACAGCAGUUGCAUCAGGCAGAAAAUAAUUUAAAAUAUCUUUCAAGUUGCUCUAGCAGUUACUAGUCUGGCUACUAGCCUAGGCUGCCAUGUCUAAUUUAAGCACAUAUUUUAUCUUUUAGAUUAAACAAAAGAGGAAAUAGAUUCCUUAAAAUAAAUGACUGUCACUUAAAGCUAAAAAUCAGCUGCUGGUGCUGGUUUAAUUGAGUUACCUGAAGGAUGAUUUCAGGCAUGCUAAAUUACUUUAUGAGAUGGCACCAA